UGGCACGGGUCCGGGGGGCGGAGCCAAGCCAGGUUUUUCUAGGGUCCAGGCACCCAGGUCUCCUAGUUGGCUCUGUCUUCAGCUUCUCCGCGCUACCCCGAUUACUGCUGCCAAGAUGAUGUGUGGCGCGCCAUCUGCCACAAUGCCAGCCACGGCCGAGACGCAGGAGCUCGCUGACCAGGUGAAGUCCCAGCUUGAAGCGAAAGAAAAUCAGAAGUUUGAUGUCUUUAAAGCCAUAUCCUUCAAGAGACAGAUAGUGGCUGGCACCAACUUCUUCAUCAAGGUUGAUGUGGGUGAAGAUAAAUGCGUGCACUUGAGGGUGUUUCAGCCCCUCCCUCAUGAAAACAAGCCUCUGACCCUGUCCUCUUACCAGACCAACAAAGAAAAGCAUGAUGAGCUCUCAUACUUCUGAUCCGGGGAUUCCUUUGCACCUGUGUUUGGGACCACGCAGUAAAACACCCCUCCAUGAUGGAGAGAAGGGAGUUGAGCAAGUUUCUUUUGUGAUUCUCAAACUGCGUUGUAUUUUGCAUCCUUCCAAAUAAUUAUUUUCAGAAAACUGUAUAUGAUCUCUCUAAAUAUAUAUUUUUAGAGACUAUA